GUAUGUCAAACAAAGCGACUUGCACAAAUUUUGUUGCUUUCAUUUUUACACCGGUUUUAAUUUCAUUUCGAUCGAAAUUUAACCAAUUUAACGGAGAUUUACAUAAAAUGAGUCUCAAUUUUGGAGAAAUCGUAGAACCAUCAACCCGUGCCUUCUGGGAUGACUACGAUGAGGGAGAAGAAAAUCUAACACCCCUUCAGCCCCUCGAAUGGGAAUGGUUGAACGAGGAUAACGUUGAGCAACAACCGGCCAGUAUCAAACACCUGUUGAUACUGGAGGGGCCGAGGAUUUCCGCUUUUGCUGGCACCGCUGUGCUGAAAGGAAGAUCGCCCAUUUGUCAGCUCAACAGCGGAACAAUUAGCGUUUACUACGUCGUAGAGAAGGGCUUGCUGGUUUGCGUUUCGGAGGAACAGGAUUUGAACGCAUUCGGGAGGGCGACAGAGAAAUUGGCCAAUUGGCUGGACAAGGCCGAGGAAGUGAUUGCCAUUUCGUUCCAACCGUCGGUGAUGCACAAGGGAACGACGGGCAACGAUUCGGAGCAGGUAUGCUUCAUAAGAAGCAUAAAUGGGCAGCUGAGCAAAAUUCAAAAACUCGAGGCACCCAAUGUUAUCACGGGACUGGCUGGCGGGGCCCUGAGUUACAGGAAGUUCAAAGAUCAGAAGGCAUCCGUUUAUGUGUGCUUUUUGGAUUCGUGUGUACUGGACUCUGUUUCGGCCAAACCAAUCCUUGGAUUGUUGAAAUCAUUGUCAAUCGAUUGCGACGAUUCCUAUCAGCUGAAAUUCAAGGUUGGUUCGAAUUUGUAUUUGUGAAUAAAUAAGCUGAGAUUCUUAAAA